UUCACGUGUCCAUACACAUACACGCGCAGGCCACAGCAGCACACCAGGAGCAUCCCUGCGCGGAAGGAGCGCUCGUUUUGGUUUCACACUCUGGAAGAAUCGCUCGUUGUUAUUUUUUUUUCUGCUCUUGUCAGAUUUGGUCACCGGCUGCUUCUGACGCCGCACAAUGAUCCGGGGCCCCGCCGAGCCCCGUGGACUGUGAGGCCCGCACAGAAAUCCACCUUGCACCGGCGAGAAGGACCCGCACUGACCGCGUCUCUUCCAGCAGCAGCGGCAGCGGCCAGCAGGCGACGGAAUGUCAAGUAGCCCCGAAGAAAAUCACUCCAGGGGCGGCGGCUCCGACCGUGACUUGAAAACGGCCUCCUCCAGCAACACGUCCCCGGAGGGUGGACCUCCGCCGCCGCUGCACCAGAACCGUAUACGGCAGUCCGACAGCAACACCAGUUUCCUUCGGGCUGCCAGAGCGGGGAACAUCGACAAAGUCCUGGAAUUCCUGAAAAAUGGAGUAGACAUCAGCACCUGUAACCAGAAUGGUCUCAAUGCAUUACACCUGGCAGCUAAGGAGGGACACAAGGAUUUAGUGGAGGAACUGCUGCAGAGAGGAGCUCCUGUUGACUCUUCCACAAAGAAAGGAAACACUGCCCUCCAUAUCGCCUCACUGGCUGGACAGAAAGAGGUAGUCAGACUGUUGGUGAACAGAGGAGCAGAUGUCAAUUCUCAGUCACAGAAUGGCUUCACUCCGCUCUACAUGGCAGCGCAGGAGAAUCACUUGGAGGUGGUGCGAUACCUGCUGGAAAAUGAAGGGAACCAAAGCAUUGCAACAGAAGAUGGCUUCACUCCACUUGCUAUCGCGCUCCAGCAGGGCCACAACUCGGUUGUCUCCCUGCUGUUGGAGCACGACACCAAGGGUAAAGUCCGCUUACCGGCGCUGCACAUUGCAGCCCGCAAAGACGACACCAAGAGUGCUGCUCUCCUGCUCCAGAACGACCACAACGCUGAUGUCCAGUCCAAGAUGAUGGUCAAUAGAACCACAGAGAGUGGGUUCACCCCUCUGCACAUCGCAGCUCACUAUGGUAAUGUGAAUGUCUCCACCCUGUUGCUGAACAGAGGAGCUGCUGUCGACUUCACAGCCAGGAAUGGAAUAACACCUCUUCACGUGGCUUCCAAGAGAGGAAACACCAACAUGGUGGCCCUGUUGUUGGACCGAGGGGGUCAGAUAGAUGCUAAAACAAGGGAUGGUCUGACGCCGCUACAUUGUGCAGCCAGGAGUGGACAUGACCCAGCAGUGGAAAUUCUGCUGGAGAGAGGAGCUCCCAUCUUAGCCCGAACCAAGAACGGACUGUCCCCACUGCACAUGUCAGCCCAGGGAGACCACAUAGAGUGCGUGAAACUGCUGCUGCAACACAAGGCGCCUGUUGAUGAUGUCACACUCGACUACCUCACAGCGCUGCACGUCGCCGCUCACUGUGGCCACUACAGAGUCACCAAGCUGCUCCUGGACAAGAAGGCCAAUCCUAAUGCGAGAGCACUGAAUGGUUUUACUCCCCUCCACAUCGCUUGUAAGAAGAACAGAGUGAAGGUGAUGGAACUCCUUGUCAAAUACGGCGCCUCAAUCCAGGCAAUUACUGAGUCUGGUCUGACUCCCAUCCAUGUAUCUGCCUUCAUGGGUCACCUCAACAUUGUUCUACUUCUGCUGCAGAAUGGAGCCUCUCCAGAUGUCCGCAACAUCCGUGGUGAGACAGCUCUCCACAUGGCAGCACGGGCAGGUCAGAUGGAAGUGGUUCGCUGUUUGCUGAGAAACGGAGCGUUGGUGGAUGCCAUGGCCAGGGAGGACCAGACUCCCCUCCACAUUUCAUCCCGUUUAGGGAAAACAGAUAUUGUCCAACUCCUGCUACAGCACAUGGCCCAUCCGGAUGCUGCCACCACCAAUGGCUACACUCCUCUACACAUUUCAGCCAGAGAGGGCCAAGUGGAGACUGCUGCUGUGCUUCUGGAGGCCGGAGCCUCACAUUCGAUGGCCACCAAGAAAGGAUUCACUCCCUUACAUGUAGCAGCAAAAUAUGGGAGCCUCGAUGUAGCAAAACUUCUCCUUCAACGCAAAGCUCUUCCUGAUGAUGCCGGCAAGAAUGGCUUAACUCCUCUACAUGUGGCAGCUCAUUAUGACAACCAAGAGGUGGCUCUGUUGCUGCUGGACAAAGGAGCAUCACCUCACGCCACUGCAAAGAAUGGCUACACUCCACUGCACAUUGCAGCCAAAAAGAACCAGACGAACAUUGCUUUAGCGCUGCUGCAGUAUGAAGCAGAGACCAAUGUUCUGACCAAGCAGGGGGUCAGCCCUCUACACCUGGCAGCCCAGGAAGGACACGCUGAGAUGGCCAGCCUGCUGCUGAGCAAAGGAGCACACGUCAACACUGCCACCAAGACCGGGCUGACUCCUCUACAUCUCACAGCCCAAGAGGACAGAGUCAGUGCAGCAGAAGUACUGGCCAAACAUGAUGCCAACUUGGACCAGCAGACUAAACUCGGAUACACCCCUCUGAUUGUGGCCUGUCAUUAUGGAAAUGUCAAGAUGGUUAACUUCUUGUUACAGCAAGGUGCCAGCGUCAACGCCAAAACCAAGAAUGGUUACACACCCCUUCACCAGGCAGCUCAACAAGGCAAUACACACAUAAUCAAUGUUUUGCUGCAACAUGGGGCCAAACCCAACGCUACUACAGUGAAUGGAAACACUGCUCUGUCCAUCGCCAGACGUCUGGGUUACAUCUCAGUGGUGGACACACUGAAAGUCGUCACUGAGGAGGUCAUCACUACCACAACGACGGUGACAGAGAAACACAAGCUCAACGUUCCAGAGACUAUGACUGAGAUCCUUGAUGUGUCUGAUGAAGAAGGUGAGGACACUAUGACGGGUGAUGGAGGAGAGUAUCUGAGAGCAGAAGACCUCCGAGAGCUGGGAGAUGACUCUCUGCCAGGACACUAUCUGGACAGCUUCAGCUAUAUGAGCCACAACCUGGACAGACCCCAGCACACUCCCAUUCACCAAAGUUUCCAUCAGAGAGACGGUGUUCUCAUUGAAGACAUGUUCACAAGCCACCAGGUGUCAGCGCUGUCUAGAGAGCACGAGAAGGACUCGUACCGUCUCAGCUGGGGAGCCGAACACCUUGAUAAUGUCAUGCUGUCCUCCAGUCUGCUACACUCUGGCUUCCUGGUCAGCUUCAUGGUAGAUGCCAGAGGCGGAGCUAUGCGUGGAUGCCGUCACAAUGGCCUGCGAAUCAUUGUGCCACCAAGAAAGUGUUCUGCUCCCACCCGGGUGACAUGCAGGUUGGUGAAGAGACAUCGUCUGGCUUCCAUGCCUCCCAUGGUGGAGGGUGAAGGGCUGGCUGGUCGCAUCAUAGAAGUGGGACCCACCGGAGCUCAGUUCCUGGGUAAGCUUCACCUUCCUACAGCUCCACCCCCUCUGAAUGAGGGUGAGAGCCUGGUCAGUCGCAUCCUGCAGCUGGGUCCUCCAGGAACCAAGUUCCUCGGGCCUGUGAUUGUUGAAAUCCCACAUUUUGCCGCUCUGAGGGGCACAGAGAGAGAGCUGGUGAUCCUGAGGAGCGAAACAGGAGAGAGCUGGAAGGAACACCAUUGUGACUUCACUGAAGAAGAACUAAACCAGAUACUAAAUGGCAUGGAUGAAAAACUUGACUCACCUGAGGAGCUUGAGAAGAAAAGAAUAUGCCGCAUCAUCACCAGAGACUUCCCACAGUAUUUUGCUGUGGUGUCCAGGAUAAAGCAGGACAGUCACCUGAUUGGUCCAGAGGGUGGAGUCCUCAGUAGUACUCUAGUGCCCCAGGUCCAGGCUGUCUUCCCCGAAGGAGCCCUGACUAAGAAGAUUAGAGUUGGGCUACAGGCUCAGCCCAUUGAUGUUGAGAUGGUGAGAAAGAUUCUUGGAAACAAAGCCACGUUCAGCCCGAUCGUCACAUUGGAGCCAAGAAGGAGGAAGUUCCACAAACCAAUCACAAUGACAAUCCCCAUUCCCACGAGCUCCAACAGUGACGGGCCGAGUGCAGUGUUCAGUGGAGAGACCCCCACUUUACGUUUGCUUUGCAGUAUUACAGGUGGAACCACUCCAGCCCAAUGGGAGGACAUCACCGGCUCCACACCGCUCACCUUUGUUAACCAAUGUGUUUCUUUCACCACAAAUGUGUCAGCAAGGUUUUGGCUGAUAGACUGCAGACAGAUCCAGGAGUCUGUUAGUUUUGGCUCUCAGCUGUACAGAGAAAUCAUCUGUGUCCCGUACAUGGCUAAGUUUGUCAUUUUUGCUAAGACACUGGACCCCAUCGAGGCACGUCUGCGCUGUUUCUGCAUGACAGAUGACAAAAUGGACAAAACAUUAGAGCAGCAGGAGAACUUCACUGAAGUCGCCCGCAGCCGAGAUGUGGAGGUGCUGGAGGGAAAGCCCAUAUUUGCAGACUGCUUUGGAAACCUGGUGCCUCUUACGAAGAGUGGACAGCACCAUGUGUUCAGUUUCUUUGCCUUCAAAGAGAACAGACUGGCCCUGUUUAUUAAAAUUAGAGACACAGCACAGGAGCCAUGUGGUCGCUUGUCCUUCACAAAGGAACCUCGCACAUACCGCAGUCUUAACCACAACGCUAUCUGCAACCUUAACAUCACCCUCCCAACAUACUCAAAGGUCAGUCUGAAUCUAGGAUCAAUUGAUUGGCAGGAUGAUGCUGACAGGAAAGAGGAAACAUUAGCUAUCAUUGCAGAUCUUCUUGGCUUCAGCUGGACUGAACUGGCAAGAGAACUUGAAUUCAGUGAGGAUGAUAUUCAGCUAGUGAGAACAGAGAAUCCCAAUUCUCUUCAAGAGCAGAGCCAUGCCUUGCUGCAGCGCUGGGUUGAGCGGGAAGGCAAACAUGCCACAGAGGACUGUCUGAUUAAGAGACUAACUAAGAUCAACCGCAUGGACAUUGUUCAUCUUAUUGAAACCCAGAUGAACAAGUCAGUUCAAGAGCAAACAUCCAGAACUUAUGCAGAAAUAGAGAAGACACUGGAUCACAGUGAAGUGUCAGUAGCCCUAUCCUCAGUGCAAGAGGAUGUAGACAGCCCCAGAAUCGUGAGGAGAGUGGAGUCAGACCGCAGACCACCCCCAGCUGUUUCUGAAGAAGACCUCUCUGUUGCUUCCCUACUGGAUAUUCCUUCAUGGGCCGAACCUAUUGGACACACUCCCUCAGAGAGCAUGCAUGGUGACCUACUGGAGGAGCUUGAGAUCCCACAUGAAUUAAACCCUAACCUAUGGACCUCUGAGGAUGUAAUUACACAAGAACCUGCAAUUUACGACAACUUAGAUGAGCAAUCAUUUGUAAUUUGUUUCCCCACUCCAUUGUAUCAUUUCUUUCAGGUAUCAACUGCAUCUUCCAAGACAAAUAUUUCACAAUCUCCUGAACAAAACAAUGUUGAUUUAGUACAGAGUCAGGUCCUUCUGCCCGAAACACCAUCUUUGGCACAUGAUUUAAACACACUUUCUACUGAAAAACUAGACUUACCGAUUUCAGAUUCCUCUGACAUAGGUAAAACACAAAAAGAUAAACAGCUCUCAUUCCCUAAACAAAGUGAAGAUUCUAUCUUACCUACACCAAGCUCAUUGACCCAAGACUCACUCUGUCAAACUGCUCAAGACAAUCCAGCUGUUUCCACCAUCAUGUCCUCAAAGUCCACGCCAAUGUCAUCAGAGUCUGGGUCCCCUCAGCUUGACCAGCUUCUGUCAGAUCUGGAGGAUAUGAAACUUAAGUUUAGACCAGAGACACUGGAUCCAGCGCGCUCAGAAUUCACUGGUGAAAGUGCUGAAUCUGAAGAUGCUGCCUUUGAAGAUCGAUGCCCUACAGAAAAUCGGGAAUCUUUAAGAGCCGGCAUGUCAUCAUUUGUGCAGCUUGCAGAAGAUACCCAAACAAAUGCAGCAGCCACACAGCCAGCACAUGUCCAUCAAGUUGAACUUGAAGUGGUCACAGCCAGUUCUGAUAUAACUUCUGAGACAAGUGUAGGAUCAAGCAUUGAUAUUCAUAAAGACAGUGCUGUAUCACCUACUGAGUCCUUUUCAAUCCCAGAAUCUCCCCAAAACCUAUGUGAAGAAAUGGAGCCAUCAGUGGACCCAACUAUUUAUGACGAUAUGUUCCAGUCAAGCAAAACUGAUGGAAAUGCUAUUGAGCCCCUUCCUUCAGGAGCUGCAAUGAGUCAGCCUGAUGUACCAGAGAAAAAUCUAACUAAUCUUGGUCAGGAAGACUCUACAAUGGACCUUCCUCAAAGUCAAGAAGGACACGAAUCAACUACACCAUCUAAUGAUUUAAAGAGUUUGACAGAAGAAACAUCAUCACAGAAUGUCCCAGAUCAACUCCCACAUUUAUGGAAAGCUGCGUCUGUUGAAACCACUCAAAGUGAAGAUAUUUCUUCUCAGUCGCUUUCUGAUUUGACUCCUGAGACCGUUACAUGUGCAAGACAUUUCAGUUUUGACGAACUGAUGCCGUACUCCUCCUCAGGCAACUUGGAGACGUCUUCAGAUGAGGACAGACCAAGGGCCAGUGGACAGUAUUCAGAAGACUCUCUUACUCCAAUAGACUAUGAAUGUUUUGACUCAGAGUCCACUUUAGACAAACCCAAAACUGAGAUGACUUCAUCAGCCUCUGAUGAGGAGUACAGUAUCCCACCUGGGUACACAGAAGUAGUGCAUAGCAGUGCAGACAGCCCCACCUGUGAAUAUUCUGACCCAGAGCCUUACUUUGACUGCAGACAAGCUUCGUCUGAUUUCUCGGAGCCUGAGCUUGAGGAACCUGAGUCAAAGGCUGGGUCAAGUGAAAGCCAGCCUCAUGAUCAGCCAGAAAAGGUGAAUCGAAAAGUGCUGUUGUCUUCUGGAAGUGAAGAUUACGAAGAUGCUCCUUUCGUUCAUGAGCCUCUUCAUGAUGUACAAGAAGAGAGUGAAGAAUUACUACACUUUUCAGAAGCAUCAGAUGAAGAAUUCACCUUGUGUGAAUCUUCACGACCGCCUCCUGUCUGUGAAACUGGAGCAUAUGAUGAUACUGAUAAAUCUCUGGCAAGGGGUGAUGAAAUGCCUGACCUCCCCACUCAGUCAGUGACAGAAGAAAAGUACAGGGACGAAAAUGGACACAUGGUUGUCAAAAAGGUCACCCGUAAAGUUAUUCGUAAGUGUGUGUCCGUGGAUGGUGUGGAGCAUGAAGAGAUGUCAUUAGAAGGAGCUUCUCAGGGGUCCGUCACUCUGCCAGAAGGAGACGGUUACUCUAAGGUGGUGAAGCGGACUGUACUGAAGAGUGAGGGUGACCACACAGAGGUAACAUUUGCUGAAAAUGAGGGUCUCUCAUCAUCAAGGCAGGAGACAGCUGAUGAUUGUAAGGUCAGUCACGUAGAAAGGACAACAGUGAUGGAGGGCGAAAGAACAAUGACACACCGAGGUGAUCCGACUCUGGCCUCUGACCUCCCCUCAGCCAGAGAUGACUUCAAACAGGGCCCACAUGCGUAAAGGCCGCACCCUCAGACGAACGGUGGUAAAGGGAGCUGGGCAGCACGAACGGGUCCUUCCGGGGCAAGUGGACAACCCUGGUAAAUGGUCCAAACCUCGUGAUCUCCAGCAGCAUCUCCACCAGCUCUUUCACCGCUACUACCAAGAAGAAAAGGGGGACAGUGAUGAGGACGAAGAGGAGGAAGAGUAGAAGAAUGAGUGACACUCUCCCCCCACUCCCUGGCUCUGCACAUGCUAAAGUCCCUGCUAAUCCUAUGCAUUAGCCACAUGCAAUCCCAGUGUGCACCACGGCACCUCAAAGCUACCACAGUCUUCCCAUUUAGGUCCUGGAAGAUGACUUUUUGUUCACAAUUUAGAGUUUUCUUCCAUGGCUGGUUAUUAUGUAUUCAUGAUUUUCUUUUCAUGUUCUGGUGUUGUUUUGCCAUUUUUUUGUGACCAAAGAAAGCCUUCUGUUGUUUUCCUGAUUCACUUUACUUUCCAUGUCUGAUACCUUUGUCUUGAUCAUAUGGUAGAGCGACAACAACAACAACAAAGAAACAAAGAAAACAGUGGAACUCUGUUCAUAUCAACUAACUCACAAACCUCCUAAAAGUAAAGAACACUUUACAAAAUACUGGUACUGCUAUCUGAGUAGGUGCUUGGACUGAAAGACAAUAUUUCACAUUGCACUGCCUCUCACAACUAGAGCUUCUCAGAUAUUCAUUUCUGGAAAAAAAACAAAACACUCUCACUCACUGUACUAGCCUCUCUGCUUUUUGGAUUCAGGUGGUCAAGAUGUCACACAGAAAAAUCAGACUGUAUCGACACUGAAUUUAGCUGCUGCUGUUGUGUUUCGUGUAGACUAUGUGUAAUCUGUCUUUGGAAAUGAUAUAUUAUCUAUAAUCUAAACAUUACUGACAUCUGUAGCCUAGGAAUUAAUAAUCACUCAUGUGAAGUAGAACAGGCAUGACUAAUCAACAUCUGUCAGUUUGAUCCUAGCUUUGACUGCUUUGUUCUUCAAUGGAUUGUCCUUCUGCCUUUCUUUCCCCUUUUCUCUAUGUCUUUCUUUCAGUCUUUCUUAUUAUGUUGAACUCUUUUUUUGGGGGGCGUUUUCUCGUAAAUCGUUGAUCUUGACUCGUAUUGUGCGGAUGGUGACUGUGUGAGUGAGGUUAGAUUGUAGGUACUGUAUGUUUGAGCCUGUGUUGAUACUGUAUUCACUGUUGGUUUGAAGGGAGUAUUGAGUGAUUUUAAAUUCUGUUGUUUGAAGAUGUCUGAUUUUAGAGUUUAUUUUUGAUUUUUGGUUUAGUUUACAUGUUAGUAUAUAGAACUUACUCAAGCUUUGAUUUUAAUGAGAAAUCCCUCAGAAUUUGCCAACAGGACACAAAAUCAUCACAGCUGUUCUAGAGACAUAUUUCUGAAGCUCCAUUUGUGGUUCCUAACUGUUUUCUUCAAUGUGGAAUUUGAUCAGUUUAUCUUUUGAACCAGGUGUUAGAAGUAUGAGUUGUUGGUGAAUGAAUGACUGUUCGUGUGCCAGUUUCUGUCAGCAAAGAAAAGAAAUGUUUAUUUUACACAACUCACAUUUGCACUCCUGAAUGUCAGAAGGGGACGCCUCCAUGCUUCUUGUGCACAGGUACAGAGGUACAGUAGAUCUUAGUCACAGGGGUUGUCUUGUUGUGGAGGAAUCGGUGAUAGAUACAAGAUAAUGGCACAUGGACACAUGAGGGAGGUUGAGAGCUUAAACAUAUGAUUAUCCACAGCUCUGAGCAUCGCUACUGUAUGUAUCUACAACACGUAAUGUAUUUAUUUCACUAUCACUGUUUACUUUGUGGUUUAGAAAAAAAAUGUAAAAUGCAAAUUUAGUGAAAGUUCACUGUGACAGGUAUGCUUUUAAUUUGAAGAAUCAGCAUCCCUUUUCUGUGAUGAUGACAGUUACAUACAUAUACAGUGCAUAUAUAAAUAUCUAUAAGGGCAUGUAUUACUGUAUCAAAAUUCAAAAAGACAAAAACAAAAUGGCUGCAGUGUAUCUAUGGCUGAUAGAGAAUAAAAGUCUUCAAAUGUA